AUGAAAAUGCCGGACUGGUGGAUCACCGUUGUCUGUGUAUCUCAUAUAUACAUGAACAUUUUCACAUGUGAAGGUUUAUACGUUGGUGUUUUAGAAAACUUGGAAAAUGUGCGAAAGGAAGAAGGCCAAAAUAUCACACUCUUUUGCAACGAGACCGCACAGGGAGAUGUUAAAUGGACAACACCAGAUGGCACCAAGGACGGACAUGAGGUCAACAUUCAUUCCAUCAAGAGGGUUGAUGCGGGAAUUUAUGUUUGCUACAACAACAAUGGAACCAACAUCAAAGACAUUGUAUCAUACUACAUAGACGUUCUUUACCCAGCGUCAAUUGAUUUUUUGAAUGCGUCUACAUCUGUUGUCCUGGUGAAUGAGGAGUAUACAUUUCAGCUUAACGUUGAUGGAAACCCGCCGCCAUUUACUACACUUAAACUGGCUGCUAAUGAAAAGUUGUAUUUCAAUGGCACCCAAACGGGCAAAUUUACAAUUGAUAUGCACAAUAGGGAAUGCACUGAAACUCAGGAAUAUAUUUUUACAUCUGAAAAUAAAUACGGAAAAGAUGUUAAAACACAGAAUAUAAGCGUAAUAGAAUCGCCAAAAUCAGACCCUGAAUACUCCUUCAACUCAACUUACACACCACGAAUUGGAGAUACAAUAACCUUGGUGUUCCAUUCAAUUGGUUGUCCUUUUCCAAGUUUCAAAUGGUCACAUGGCGAUGAAAUUUUAAAGCAUUCUGAUGAUAAGAUGACAACAAGCGUUACCAUACCUGUCACCGGAUAUAUGGAUUUCGGAUAUUAUACAGUGGAAAUGGAAAAUUCAGCCGGUCAAUAUGUGUCCAACUACGAAUUCCUUGCGACAGGUCCUCCGGAUCCUCUGGAAAUAUUGAAAGUGGAAGACGUCAAGUAUUUCUCGGCAAGCAUUGUUUUCCGACCUGGUUUUAACUACGGAGAGUCUCAGACAUUCUCCAUAAAACAGCAAACUAACGAUGGAAGUUGGACAACGAUUAAAGAAAACAUAGCUGAUGAAACUGACGGGAAGGGAAAGGGGGAACAAAUAUAUACCUUGGAUGAAUUAUCAGCAUCAACAUCGUAUAAAUUACAGUGGUUUGCCGUAACUUCUAGAGGAUACUCUGCUGGUUCUAAUAUUUUAGACUUUACUUCAGCAGAUGAGCCCCGACCAACGCCACAACCUCCAAAUUCAGCGUCAGUCAUCAAGUCUUCGUUUCAGUCUUUUAUUCUGUGUUUUGUUGCAACUUUAUUAUAUGUUGUUGUGUAAACUCCAUGAAGCGUAUACAUCACAUCAAUCGAUGCUACUUAUUGUUGAUAUAUACAUGCUUAAAGACAAUAUUUGCACUGUGAUUUGUUUCUGACGUUGGUUAGCUUCUAAGAAAAGUUUAAGAACCCCUUUGGGUAAACGUGCAUGCGUAUAUCAGUAUAUAUCGUCAUAUAUAAAAGGUGCACUCUUACUCCAACAUAAGUUGUUUCACAGUAAAUACAAUUCUUUUAAUUGAACGAAAUGGUGAAUAAAUAUCGAAAACAAUGGUUCUUAUGAUGGACACCGUAUAUCAGUAUGUAUCGUCAUAUAUCAAAAAUGCAUUCUUACUUCCACAUAAGAUGUACCAAAGUUAAUAGUUAAUAGAUGUGUCACAUUUUUUUUAAUUUACAGAAAAGGUUAAAUAAAAAUCGAAAACAAUGGUUGUUAUGAGGAUGCCGUGUUAAAUUUGAAAGAAAGGUGCAGAAAACACGGUAGUACUACCUCAUGAGUCAUAGUUGAACACUGUAAAUCUUUUAGGAUCCACUAGUCAUUUAAUAUUUGUGCGUUUUCAGAUGUUAAACACGGUUAUCCUAUUUUUUUCAGUAAUGAUUUUUUUCCA